AAUCCACCACUACCACCAAGAGAAAGAACCAUGAACAAGCUAGAUGAACAAAAAAUGAGAGUGAGCGAGCCACCCACGUAAAAAGCGCUCCCAUAAUCCUACUAACCCACCAAAAAGUGUAAAAAAAACACUUUAACAACCACCUAACACCAAAAUGUGCUGCCAAGAAGAGACACGAUUGGCUGAGUGGCAAGGGUUAACGGUGGAGGAAUGACGACAAGGAAAAGCAACGGAGGAAGAAGGGGGCAUAAAAGUCUAGGUCUGAGACAAGCUCCGAAAAUCUAGAAAUUAAGCUGAUGUAGUGUUCACUUCAAUCUUAAACUUUGGCCAAAAAUUACUUAACAUGUACAUGUACGGAUGUAGCGUUCACUUCAAUCUUUUGAUAUAACGGUGGUUUGGUUCUUUCCCGCGCUUUACGGUUGCUGCUCCAAUGUUAAUGCUCAGGUUCAAAGUCCAAGCACUCCCAUCGGCUCAGCUGAGCAACCGCAUCUUCCACCGUCCAUUUCAAUCCUCUCCCGAUUUCUACACAAAUCUGUUCGAAAUCUACGCUCGUGACCGACAGUUGCACUCUGCAAGAGCACUCCACGCCCAUUUGAUCACCAAUGGGUUGGCCAGUUUGACCCGUUUUGCCUCCAAGCUCAUAGCUUUGUAUGUUUCUUGUGGCCAAACAGUCCAUGCCCGCAAACUGUUCGACAAAAUUCCCCAGACGAAUAUCCGCCGCUGGUUUGCUCUCAUCGGAGCCUGUGCUCGUUGUGGGUUUUAUCAGCAGGCAAUGGGUGUGUUCUGUGAGAUGCAGAGAGAGGGUUUAAGGCCGAACAAGAUUGUUAUUCCCAGUGUUUUGAAAGCCUGUGGGCACCUCCCGGAUGUUAAAACCGGUGAGAAACUUCACGCUGUGGUGCUCCGGUUCUCAUUUGAAUUUGAUGUUUUCGUUAGUAGUGCUCUCGUUGAUAUGUACUCGAAGAACGGGUGUGUAGAGAAGGCGCAUUGGGUGUUUGAUAUGAUGGUGGAGAAAGAUUUGGUGGCCUUGAAUGCUAUGGUUUCGGGGUUUGCUCAACACGGGUUGGCUAGAGAAGCAUUGUGUUUGGUGGAGAAAAUGCAGCUGGAGGGGAUAAAGCCUAAUUUGAUAACUUGGAACAGUUUGGUUGCUGGGUUUUCGCAGAAGGGUGACGAAGCGAUGGCGUCUAAGCUUUUUAAGAUGAUGCGCGAUAAUGGAAUCGAUCCUGAUGUGGUAUCUUGGACUUCAAUUAUAUCCGGGGGUGUGCAGAAUUUUCAGAACGAUAAGGCUUUUCGAACAUUUAAGCAAAUGUUGGGUCAUGGAUUGUAUCCAACUUCGAAUACAAUUAGUAGCCUCUUGCCUGCAUGUGCGGGUGUGACAAAUGUGAAGUCCGGAAAGGAGAUUCAUGCAUACGCUUUGGUGAUAGGAGUCGAACAAGAUGUGUAUGUUCGGAGUGCUCUUGUUGACAUGUAUGCAAAAUGCGGAUUCAUAUUUGAAGCAAGGGCAUUGUUUUGUAAGAUGUCUGAAAGGAACACGGUAACAUGGAAUUCGAUGAUUUUUGGAUACGCGAAUCAUGGAUAUUGCAACGAAGCAAUUGAGCUUUUCAACCAGAUGAAGCUGGAAGACGAUAAGAAACUCGAUUACCUGACUUUCAUAGCAGUUCUCACAGCUUGCUGUCAUGCUGGAAUGAUUGAACUUGGAGAAAGCUUGUUCAAUCUGAUGCAGGAAGAGUAUGGGAUUGUGCCAAGACUGGAACAUUAUGCAUGCAUGGUUGAUCUUCUAGGUCGAGCAGGGAAACUCACCGAGGCGUAUGAUAUGAUUAAGGCAAUGCCGAUGGAGCCCGAUUUGUUCGUAUGGGGAGCGUUAUUAGGAGCAUGUCGGAAUCAUGGGAAUAUAGAUCUUGCUGAAGUAGCUGCAAAGCAUUUGUCGGAGGUAGAGCCGGAGAGUGCAGGAAACAGUUUGCUACUGUCAAGUCUAUAUGCUGGUUCUGGCAAUUGGGGGAACGUUGCAAGGUUGAAGAAAAUGAUGAAGAGAAACAAGUUGGGGAAACUUCCGGGGUGCAGUUGGAUGGAAACCGCCUGAUACAUGAGGAGGCCUUUGAAGGAAGAUUUUGAAGAAAUUCCAAGGCAAGUCAUCGAAAUUAAAACCGCCGGAGGUCGUUUUAAGGAUUCAUCCGGGAAUUGGAUUGCAGGCUUCACUUCUAAUCUUGGCAUAAGAGAAGUUAUUGUGCCAACAAAUCUUCGUCCGCUUUUCGUUCUCACUCAACGCCAUUUUUCUUCAGUGAAUCGAAGUACGCUGCUGACGGUCUUGAAAACAAAUACAUGUUCUCACCCAUGUUAUAAUCGCUCUACGCCACCGUUGGUAGGUAUCUGCUAUUUUGCUGCCGGUGUAAAGGCCGCCCGCUUUAUCUGGUGAAGUCUCUGUGUAGUUAUCUUUGAACAAUCUGCAAAUGAUGAGUAUAAUCGUACAAUAA